CGUGUGUGUUUGUGUGCGUGUGUAUGCGUGUGUGCGUGUGUUUGUGUCCUCCCCGGCCGCAUGAGAUGAGCUGCCUGCAGUCUUUGCUGCCACUGUUUUCGCCUCCUCCUCCGCCUCUUCUCCUCGCUCCUUGUCGGACCACUCCGGGAAUGUUGACCACCGCGCUCUGAUCCACCGCUGCCGACCGAGCGUCCCUUCAUCUCCACACCGCCUCCACCGCCUCCACUGCCCGUUAGUCCCUGACGGUCGCAGCCUUCCUCACACUGCCCUGGCUGUAAGGUUCCGCUCUGUCCAUCUUGUAUCGAAACUGGUCCAACCAAGCAAAUUGUACGAAAGAGCUGAGAAACACAAAACAUGGCUGUGGCCGGAUGUCCGGAUUAUUUCCUGCAUCAUCCAAACUAUCAGCAGGACAAUAUAGACCGGUCUUCCAAUCACAGACAAGCUGACCUCAUUGGUCCAGCCUUCCAGCAAUCAGCCAAUCGGAGUUCUCCUAACCAUCAAGAUUGUGAAGAUCUUCAGUGAAGACGGCAUGGGUAAAGUGGUGGAGAUCCCAGCCGACAUGACAGCCAGAGACCUGUGCCAGCUCCUGGUUUAUAAAAGCCAUUGUGUGGAUGACAACACUUGGGCACUUGUUGAACACCACCCGCUGCUAGGACUAGAGCGCUGUCUAGAAGACCACGAGCUGGUGGUUCAGGUCCAGGCCUCUAUGAACAGCGACAGUAAAUUCCUCUUCAGGAAGAACUAUGCCAAAUAUGAAUUCUUCAGAAACCCCCUGACAUUUUUCCCGGAGCACAUGGUUGCAUGGUGCCAGGAAACCAGCCGUACAAUUCCACCAUCUCAGCUCCUUCAGAACUUCCUAGCGACCAGUAGCUGUCCAGAGAUCCAGGGUUAUCUGUAUGUGAAGGAGGUGGGUAGGAAGUCAUGGAAGAAAGUUUACAUGUUCCUGCGGCGCUCAGGACUCUACUGCUCUACAAAAGGAACCUCAAAGGAGCCCAGACAUCUACAGUUACUAGCAGACCUUGAAGACAGCAACAUAUUCACUGUCAUCACAGGCAAAAAGCAGCAUGGUGCACCGACAGACUAUGAGUUCUGUAUCAAGCCCAAUAAAGGUCGUGGGGAGUUGAAGGAGCUGAGGAUUCUGUGCGCCGAGGAUGAACAGGGCAGGACUUGUUGGAUGACUGCCUUCCGACUCUUUAAGUAUGGGAUUGUAUUGUACCAGAAUUACAAGAUUCCUCAACAAAGAAAAACCUUACUUUCACACUUCUCAGCACCUGUGCGGAGUGUAUCGGAAAACUCCCUUGUGGCAAUGGAUUUCUCAGGGAGGAUAGGCAGGGUGAUUGACAACCCUGUGGAAGCUCAGAGCGCUGCCAUGGAGGAGGGGCAUGCAUGGCGGAAGAGGAGUCAACGAAUGAACAUUUUAGGCUCCCACAGUCCACUACACCACUCCUCAUUAAGCUCAGUCAUCCACAUAGCUCAGUUGUGGUUCCAUGGCAGGAUAACUAGAGAAGAAUCCCAUCGCAUUAUCCACCAGCAGGGACAAGUAGAUGGGUUGUUUCUGCUGAGAGUCAGUCAGAGUAACCCCAAGGCGUUUGUGCUCACAUUGUGCCAUCACCAGAAAAUCAAACAUUUCCAGAUACUACCGUGUGAAGAGGACGGCCAAGUCUUCUUCAGCCUUGAUGACGGCGCCACCAAAUUCACCGACCUGAUUCAGCUGGUGGAGUUCUACCAGCUCAACAGAGGAGUGCUGCCUUGUAAACUCAAACACCCGUGCACCGUCGUGGCCUUAUGACAUCUGCGGACCAUCUGACCCCAUGACCCCUAUCACAUGACCUGACUCUGCCUAAAACAAACAAAACAACAAGAACCUUUCUGUUGGGCGGUUCUUUUUGGUUUUAUCUUUAUAAGAAGCUGGUGAAUUGACUGAUGUUUUCUUGUUGUCAUUUUCUAUUGUCGUGAGUCCGCCGGAGACUGCUGACUUGUUGGAUUCCUUUUGGUUUGCAUGGAUGUUCGAGGAGUCGUAUGCACAACAACGAGGUUCAGUAGUCAAGAAGAGAGAAGAUAAAGGAAAUGAACACUGCCGUUUGUGUCAAUGCUGUUGCAGAAUCUUCCACAAUCUUGCUACCCAUAGUCAUCAAUAAGCUUGGACACAGUGACCCUCAAGGUUUUAUCACACAGCUCAAGUUUAGACUGUGUUUCCCUUCAACUGGACAAUCAGUAGGACAAUUCAAGCUGUUGUGUGGACCACUCUGCUCUGAACAAACAGUAGUUUCAUUCAAACUUCAUCACACGUCCUCAAAGAAUAUACUGUAGAUGGAGAUUUGAUUGUCUCUUAGUUUUGCACUCAUCGAACUGGGAAUGGCCUUUUGACAGUGCAUGACUUCUCCGCUGUUGCAUUACUUAACUGUGAGAUGGUGCCACUGCCCUCUAGUGUCGUAGGCCUGUAAGGACGUGUCAAAAUUCAACAUGGAUGAGAUUCGGAUGCGCCUGAAAGUUUUUGAGUCCUUUUGAGGUUGGGAAACAUCAAAAGUUUGUCAAAUCAAACUAGCAUGGAGAAAAUGGCUAAGGAAAAAUCUGGAACUGUAAAAAGUCAAAGUAUUUUUUUAAAUAGUGGACAAUACAAAAUCUGCAUUGUCCACCCUCAAAUUCAUUUGUUCAUCUCACACUAUUCUUAAUGAUACAUUUAUUGCAGUUAUGUAUUGUUAUUGAUAUUCUGUUUUCUUUAAGUCCACCUUUUGCAUUCUGGAUAGUUGUGGCUCUUCAUUAUUCACAUAAGCUUCAAAGAGGUCAUUCUGUACUCAUGUUAUUUUAUUAUCAGCUCCAGUUAAAGUAUUUCCCAUGCAACUUUCACAAAACUGAAUAAGCAAACCACGGUGUCAUUCAGGGUGAAAUAACAAGUGAUAGUGCUAGAAGAAUUUUGUAACGAGGUAGACCGUUUUGGUGGUAGUAAUGUUAAAAAGUGAAACCAGGUAACUAUUUUGGGGGAAAUUAGAAAAUGCAGCCAUUUGCAGCAGUUCACUGCAGGCAAAGUAAUACCAGUUGCAAAAGAUAAAGUCAGACAAUGGAAAGUAUCAAUCUUUUGUGCGAUUCUCCUCACCACAACACAGGGAGGGACAACCACUAGCAUUUCCUUCAGGUGUUUUUCCAAUGACAACAAAUCAAAAGAAACACAAAAUAAUGAAUCAUUGUCAGCCAGGAGAUACAGUGGAUCCCAUGGGAAACAUCUGUCCUCAUUCUGGAAGCUCUUUUCACAUAUGUUUUUCAUAUUUUUCCACAAAUUGCCGCCUACCUGAUGGAAGUCAGGGAUAUGCUGUCAAACAUAAAUGUGGCUAGGGACUCCACACUGAUAGUAGACUGUGCAUUACAUUCCAUAUAGUGCGGCCUUUUUCUACCUGGAAGUACUUGUGAACCAUUAGUAUCACUUAACACCUACUGCCUACUGCACGCCACCUCUGUAUGAAUUCUGACUGUCUUAAAAAGUAAGCUACAGUGUGGACAAAAUGUGAAAGGAGAGAAGAAUAUUGUAAACAAACAAUAGCUGCAUCUCUUUCUCUAUCUCUCAACCUGUCUCGCCCGGUCUCAUCACACUUUCUUUAGCCUGUUGUUGUAUAAAGUGAAAAUACCCUCAGUGGUGUGGCAGCAACAUAAAACUGAAGUUCAGGAGAAUUCAGACUUCAAAAUACAACUGAUUAUUUUAACCCAUGUCCCUUCAUCUUUAUUCACUGAGUUGCCUCUGGGAGACGACAAUGAGAGCGUCAGACAGAAAACAGAGGACAUAAAACUUAGUUAGUUUGUGGGCACUGGAUUCAUCUACCUUUUGUCCCAGACUGUGCAAUUUCAGCAAAAAUCUAUUGUUUUCUUAAUGCCAGCCAAGGUCAGUCAAAGAAGUCUACAUUUAAAUGGAUUUCCCUUUGUGUUUUGGCCGAGUCUAUGCUGGAAAUCCUUAACUAUAGUGAAAGAAAGAUUUCACCACGGCGUCUCUAGAUAACCAGGAUCACUUUUUUUUUUUUUUUUUAGAUAGGGAUACUUUUUCAGCACCUAUUGAUCACAUCUGGCAGAAUGGAGCUAAAUAGACAACACAUGAAGGGCAAAACCCAGCCAUCUCAAAUUCUGGUAAGACAAACAUUAGGUAAAUGCGCCAAGUUAUUGCAAGUAUUUCUGAUUAUAUUUAUACUCAAAGUUUAUCAAUUCGGUUCAUAUCCAUCUUUGAAAUGUCUCACCACAAAUAACAGUUUUCAACAGCAAUAUAGCAAGUUCAAAUUUUUCACCUGAAAUUUCUAAAACCUCACACUUUAAAGUUUUAUUUAGUCCAAACUUUGGUGGUAGCUCUGGUUAGAUCACCAGCCAGCUGACAAUUAGAUAUCUAUUUGUACCUAGCUGUAAUACAACAUCAACAGCCAUGAUUUAUUUACCUGCAGGUUGUCUUAAAGUAUAUUGAACAUCUGAGAUGCAGAAUAGCUGUACCAUAUUGACUCUAUGUGCAUGUUCACCCUUA